AGGCCAGGGGAGAAGGUAGCUUGCCACAGCAAGAGCUGGAGAACUCCUGGCUUCUUCACCAGCCUGGCUCACCUCUGCCUCUCUGGCCUCCCCUCUUGCUUCCGCUUCUGAUUCUGCACUUCUCUCUGCCACAGACUCCCUGCUCACGAAACCCUGUUACAUCUUCAGCUUCAGACACAUCCUCUUCCCAGGCUUCUCCCUCUGACUACUCAUCACCAUCCCACCACCAAGCCUUAGUUCCUUGGGGGUUUCCUAGCUGGUACCUCCUACCAUUCCUCUGUGUCCAACUAAUCUAAUCCAUGACACAGAGAGACAGGAGAGAGAGAGAGAUGUGUACAGUGGUACCUCGACAUAUGAAUGACUCGACAACCGAAUUUUUCGACUUACGAGUGGGGCAAAUGGCCGCACGCUUAUGAAUUUCUCGACAUCCGAACAGAAACCGUGGUGGUUUUAGGUAGGGUUUUUUCGACUCACAAAUUUUUAGAUGGGGUUGCUUCGACUUACCAAUUUUUCCAUUUCCAAUGCAUUCCUAUGGGAAAUCGCGUUUCCAAUGGGGUUUUUCAACUUACGAAUUUUUCGACCUACGAAGGUGCUUUUGGAACGGAUUAAAUUUGUAAGUCAAGGCACCGCUGUAUAUGGACAAAGGGAUCAUUUAUGGACAAUAACUGAGGCUGCAUAUACUGUUCAGCUUAUUCUGAAUGAUUGCUGGUUCUGGAAGGACAGUGGCAGCAAGUGAGGAGGAGAAAGUGGGAAUCUGACUUCUGGGAUUCCCUUCUCUCUCAGCAUACAAGUAAUCAUGCUGGUGUGGCCCAGCACUUUCUCUGCUAGGUUGUCAUAUGUCAAACGCAACAGUCAGUACAAAGGCCUUUUUCCUCCCCUGCCUGGAUGCUGAUGCAGCAAUACAGUCCUCUGGGCUAUCAUCACCCUCCAGCAUCAGUUUGAUACAUACAUCAAGGAACACCAGGGCUAUGGGACAGAGCUUCACCCUUCUGCUCAUCUUUCUGGGCGUGCAGGUUGUGGCAGGAGCCUUCAAAAUCUGUGCUUUCAACAUACGCAGUUUUGGGAGAGCCAAGGCAGCAAACCGGAGGGUCAUGGGAGCUCUUGUCCAGAUCCUCUCUCGCUGUGAUAUUUCUGCGAUCCAAGAGGUGCGAGACUCCAAGGGUGCAGCUAUUCAGACGUUGCUGCGGGAGCUGAACAGGUAUGAUCCCUCUCAUCACUACAGCCGCCUGGAGAGCAAGAGGCUGGGGCGAGGAAGCUACAAGGAGCAGAAUGUCUUUGUGUAUCGAAUGGAUGUUGUGUCAGUUACUGAUUGGUGCCAGUUUGGGGAUGAGGAUGCCAGAGAUUAUAAGGCAUUUGCCCGGGGGCCCUUUGCUGCUCGCUUUCACUGUCCAUACACAGCUAUCCUAGACUUUGUGCUACUUUUACACCACACCAGUCCUCGGGAAGCUGCGCAUGAGCUUGAUCUGCUGUUUGGAGUGUGCACAGAACUGAUGCAACGGUGGAAAACCGAGAAUGUGAUGCUGCUGGGAGAUCUGAAUGCUGCUGGUGCCUACAUCCCAGCAAGCGCUUGGGCUGGGAUCCGCCUGCGCAAUCACCUUGCUUUCCACUGGCUCAUUGGUGACAGAGAGGACACCACAGUCAGCCACCGGACCUGCUGUGCCUAUGACAGGAUUAUAGUCCAUGGAGAAGAGCUGCUUGGCGCCAUUGUACCCAGAUCCGCCAAGCCUUUCAACUUCACACAAGCACUUGGACUAUCGGAGGAAGAGGCCCUAGCAGUCAGCGACCACUAUCCUGUAGAGGUGAAUCUUCGGCCUGCUCCGAAAGCCCAGCGAGAGCUCUAAACCGUCAACCAUCCUUCUGGCUAUAGAAGCAAGAGCAAUGGCAGGGCAAAAAAGAGACUAACUUCUCUAUUCCAUUCAGCAAGAUCCAUCUAGGGCAGCAGUGGAAUUCCCAUACAGUAAAAGCCAUCUAAUGCACAUACACCUCCUCCCCCCACCUCUGCACCUUGCCCCCAGCAUGAAAAUCAAGGUGACACAAGAGCCCCAUCUACAUUGUAGCUAGGACUUGCAAGCCUUCUUGCAGGCCUAUCCAGGUGUGCCACAAUAUUCACCACCUAAGCUUGGGGCUGGGGACCCAGGUGGCGCUGUGGGUUAAACCACAGAGUCUAGGGCUUGCCGAUCAGAAGGUCGGCGGUUCGAAUCCCUGCAAAGGGGUGAGCUCCCGUUGCUCGGUCCCAGCUCCUGCCCACCUAGCAGUUCGAAAGCACAUCAAAGUGCAAGUAGAUAAAUACCGUGUUUCUCCCAAAAUAAGACGUGCCUAUAAAAUAAGCCAUGGCACGAUUUUCUUGAAGCAACAAAAUAUAAGACAUACCCCGAAAAUAAGCCGUACCGGGGUAGUGGUGGGAGCAGGUCUGGAUGGUGCUUCUGUAACAAAGAGUAAAAGGAAGAUGCCUGUCCUUGCCGGAACCGCCACGUGGAGCUCAGACCGAGCGGGAGCCGGCAAAAGCUGCAGCACGCGCUGUGCCGAGCCCCAACCUAGCGGGACCU